AUGUACAAUGAACGAGAUCCCGUGACUCUGGAGGAAAUGUCCGACGACGGAUCGGACCAAGGCGGCAUCGGAAUCGUGCAGAGGGGCGAGCCACAGGUCAUGGGUACUCCAACCCCCUCCACUCCGCAACAAGCUGGCUUUCUGAGCAACCUGGGAAGCCCGGUUCCAGGCACUCCACGACCACAGACCACCCCGGAAGAGGCACCCAGCGACUUUCUGCCCAGCCAACAAAUGGCCACCAUGUUCGACAAGGAAGCCACCACAAGGGUGCAGUUCAUGGGAGACUCGACUGUCGGAGUGAUGGGAGAAAUAUCCCAGUUCAAGGGCAACCUGGCAGUCGAAGCGACACGCUGGCCAGUGCUGUUCAUUGCUUGUGGCACUCAUAUUGAAAUGUUUGCCGCAGACGGCUCUCCUGACCUCGUGGGGGCCUUUUACGCCGAACCAAACAUCGUGACAACCGAAAUGAGAGAAGGAGCCGUCCGACCAAACUCACCCCACGAUAUCAACAUGCUCUCAAUGGUAAUUCUGUGCGGUCACGAGUGUCUCGUGGCGAACUAUGAUGACGGAAGAAGUGGAUUAUGGGUCGUGAGCCGUAUCAUAGCAGAGGUACAGGAGGGAGUGAGCCGGUACUUGCCUCACGUGACUUUCAAGAGCGACGCCAGUGUCUGGGGAACAGGGACCAGUGGAUCUUUACUUGCAUUGAGUGACAAUUCUCGAAAAAUUGACAUUUACGAUCUGGCCAGUCUCGCAGACAAACUCCAGGAAAAGCAUUAUGUUGAUAGAGUGAAUCUUUACAGCGACGAAGGAGUUGAACAGGUGCAACUUCCUCGAUACAGAUCCCCUCUAAUGAUGAACAACAUCCCUUCAAUAUCCAUAGUUGUUGAUGAAGACGACGCAUUCUACGUUACAGCAGGCACGAUUGGUUACGAGGUAGCCACCAUAAAGUUCUUCACAGGUGAACGACUCGAAAAGUGGAAACAGAGCUAUUCUGAAAUGGACAUAAGGCCGUUCUCUCGUUCUCUAUCCUCCGAGUCUCUGGACUCAAUUGUGGAUGCAGCAGACGAGUCGUGGGAAGACUCUCAUAUCUACAAACCAUUCGAAGGAGGUAUUUGGAUUCAUCGGAACUCACUGGGAACUCAUGUGUGGACUGUGACUACUGUUUCACCACGAGCAUUCAAACAGAGUCCAACAUUGUACGAAGUACAUGCCAACAAGUGGGCCAAUGAGCAACAAGUGGCUGCUCAGCUCCAGAGGGACUCUUCCAAGGCCAAAAAUAUCUUUGAUCCUCUGCGACCUUUCUAUCCUGCUGUCAGAUUCACUCAUUAUGACAUUCCAACCUGCCCUCUUCAGUCUGGAGGUAUUCAACCAUCUGGUGUGCAGGCUCUAGCAGGCAUGUUUCCGGCCAUGGGCGUUCCUACACCAGGGUUCAACUACAAACCCCACUAUUUACUUCCCCAGUGCAAGAAGGAGACUCGAAAGAUGACGCAAUGGUAUGAGAGAUAUGGCAUUGAGAGGGUCGAAGAUAAUGCAAAAAAUUCAGCAAGUUCUGCACAAAGUUGGUCAGACGAGGGUGACUCGGAGCAGACUAAACUGUCAGAUACUGAUGAGGGCGCGCAGGAGCCGCCUUCUGACGCACCUAACUCCCUCUACGAACAUGAGGUGGAACGAGAGAAAAAGGAGAGUCCUCUUAAGGACCUGUUCGUCAUCGUCACUACUCAUCGAUCUCUCUACCUCUGUCGACAUGACGAUCUGUUUGUGAACGGCGCUUGCGCCAAUGUCUUUUCCUGGGAAGACAUUUACGGGUUUGGAGAGCAACAGUUUGACCGGCUGAGUUUUGCACACUACAUCCCCGAUCUGUGCGUGUACAUCUGCGGCAGCCCCAUUGGCGCUGUCUCUGUCUUUCGUCUGACACAAAAGGCUGGGGUAUUUUGCAUGAGACAGGAAUGGGCGUUUCCAGACACGUCUCAAAUCCUGUUUUUUACUGACAGAUUGCGACUGUUGGCCGGAGUGGCUGUUGCGCCCAUCCACACGUCUAUCAGAGAGAAUGUAAUAGGGUCACGGGAAAGACAAUGGAAUGAGCCUUGCUUACGAUACAGAGUCACUCUAAUUUACGGGGAUGGAUACAGAAUCAAUUAUGAGAUUAGUGGGGACGAGGACAAUGUUUGGAUGGUAUAA